AUGGUUAAUUCUUCUUGUGACUCUGUCUGCUCUGGCCAGGGCUGCGGUCACAGCCUCUGCCAGGAGACAUGCUGCUGCCCUUCCAGCUGUGGUUCCAGCUGCUGCAGGCCCAGCUGCUGCAUCUCUAGCUGCUGCCGCCCCACCUGCUCCCAGACCACCUGCUGCCGCCCUACCUGCUGUGUGUCCAGCUGCUGCCAGCCCUCCUGCUGUGGUUCCAGCUGCUGUGGCUCCAGCUGCUGCCGCCCCUCCUGCUGCAUUUCUAGCUGCUGCCGCCCCUCCUGCUGUGGAUCCAGCUGCUGUGGCUCUAGCUGCUGCCGCCCCUCCUGCUGCAUUUCUAGCUGCUGUCGCCCCUCCUGCUGUGGAUCCAGCUGCGGUGGCUCCAGCUGCUGCUGCCCCUCCUGCUGCUGCCCCUCCUGCUGCCUGCGCCCAGUCUGUGGCCAGGUCUCCUGCCACACCACUUGCUAUCGCCCCACCUGUGUUAUCUCCACCUGCCCCCGCCCCAUGUGCUGUGCCUCCUCCUGCUGCUGAGCCCCUUCCCUGAACCCACCCUCUCCCUUCAUUGGGUUCAUCAUAGCAACAGACUCCAUACACCAUAUGGAUACCUUGGAGGUGGCCAUUCCCAGCAACUAUGUGUCUA